AUGAGUGCUAUCACCCUUACCAGCUCUGAUGGAGUCGAUAUCUCCGUUGAGCGCACAACUGCUGAGCGCUCCGUCUUGAUCAAGAACAUGCUUGAGGAUCUUGGCGAUUCUGGAGAGGCUAUCCCCAUUCCUAAUGUUAACGAGGCCGUCCUCAAGAAGGUCAUCGAGUGGUGUGAACACCACAAGAACGACCCCCCAAGCGCCAGCGAUGACGAUGACAACCGUCGCAAGACUACCGAUAUUGAUGAGUGGGAUCAGAAGUUCAUGCAAGUGGACCAGGAGAUGCUUUUCGAGAUCAUCCUCGCUGCCAACUACUUGGAUAUCAAGGCCCUCCUUGACGUCGGCUGCAAGACAGUCGCCAACAUGAUCAAGGGCAAGUCCCCGGAGGAGAUCCGUAAGACCUUCAACAUCCAGAAUGACUUCACUCCCGAGGAGGAAGAUCAGAUCCGCCGUGAGAACGAGUGGGCCGAGGAGUAA